GUUCGCUUGACAUAAUGGCCGCCGCAGGGCGGUGACUCUCGGGCUUUCCCUUCUGGGCCUUUCGCGGCUUCUAGGGCGCGCGCGGUUGGCGGCAUGAGCUUUCUGCCGCCUAUUCCUUUCCUGCUGCGGCUCCUUCUGCUGGGCUUCCUGAGGCCGCUGCGGGGGGACCUGGCUUUCAUCCCUCCCUUUAUCCGAAUGUCUGGUCCUGCGGUCAGCGCAUUCCUGGUCGGAGACACCGAGAACGUGACCGUGUCCCUGGCCCCGCUGCAGGUCGAGGCAGGGGUACUUCCGGUUCCCACCUGUGGACUGCUGAGCAAUGAGACGGGAGACUGGAGUGUGACAGUGACUCCCAGUGCGGUACAGCGGGAGGGGGUGUCGGAGGUGACGGUGAGUCUGCAGCGGUGGCCACAACAGUGCCUCUUCAACGAGACGGAGCCCUUCGCGGAGGCGCCGUGUCUGCUCCAGACUCUGCUGCUCUCAGCGGCUCGCAGCCCCGCCUGCCUGGCGCACCUCCUCAUUCAGGUGGAGAUUUACCCCAGCUCUUCUCCGACCCACAAUGCAUCAGAGAACGUGACAGUCAUCCCUAACCAGGUGUACCAGCCGCUCGGUCCUUGUCCUUGCAACUUGACAGCCGGGGCCUGUGAUGUCCGCUGCUGCUGUGACCAGGACUGCUCCGGGGCCGCGAGGCAGCUGUUCCGAGGCGCCUGUUUCCCGGGCGUGUUCGGGGGUGAGGUCAGCCCCCCUUUUGACCAGCUGUGUACGGCGGGGACCGAGGGCCACGUCCCUGACUGGUUCCCCCUCCUGUGUGUGCAGUCGUCGCUUGCCAACUCGCCCUUCCUAGGUCACUUCUAUCAUGGGGCCAUUUCCCCAAGACACCGCCCUGGCUUUGAAGCCUCUCUGCACGUUGUCCCCAGACGCUCUGCAGACGGUGGUUACAGACAGGGAGACCCAGUCCGGGCCACGGAGAAGGAGGUGUAUUUUACUGUGCCACAGGUAUCACUGGCCGGGCAGUGUGUGCGCGACGCCCCUGUGGCCUUCCUGCGGAGCUUUGACAUGGAAUGCACCACUCACCUGGAUGCCUACCGAGAGCGUGGCAGUGCGGGCCCCGCCAAGGUCCAGGGCAGCGCUGCUGGAGCCCCAGUUACGCCCACGGUGACCUACGAGGAAGCAGCCGACCCGGGCAGGUUCCUCACUGCCACAGAAGCGCUUCUAAGCAGUUCCUCGGCCCCCAGAAAGGUGACCGUGGAAGAACAUUACGUUUUCAGAUGGGACAACAACACAAUCACGGAAAUCAGCGCCAGAAUCGUCCGGGCGGAAAUCAGUGCCCAGCAGAAAGGAAUACUGACACAGAGAUUCACAGUGAAGUUUGUAAACCGUAAUAGCGGUAAUGAGAAGGAAUUCUCUGGAAACCCAGGUUACCAGCUGGGCAAGCCGGUCCGAGCCCUGAAUGCCAGUGGCAUAGGUAACGCUACAGCGCUCCAUGUUUGGCAGUCAGCUGGAAGGAGUUUAUGCAGCUCUGCGACUUUCAGGCCUGUUUUAUUUGGAGAGAACGUGCAGUCCGGCUGCCUUUUAGAGGUUGGGAUCCACGAAAACUGCACUCGGCUCAGGGAGCGUGCGGCUGAGAGCCUGGGUUCAUUAGUACAAGCAACGCACGUUGCAGCGAGAGGCAACUCUGAUUCCAGCGACCUGACCGACGGCUGGCUGGAAAUCCUGCGCGGAGAUCCCCCCGACACCAGUGUGGACACGGCUGCCAGCGGCCCCCUUGGCAUCUGUCCGGCCGUUCCUGCCCAGCUGCACAUCCGCAUCCUCUUCGCAGACGCUGGCGCAGUGGAGGGCAUCACGCAGCAGGAGAUUCUCGGCAUGGAGACCAGGUUCUCCACCGUGGACUGGCAGUACCAGUGUGGGCUGGCGUGCGAGGACACAGCCGACCUCUUUCCUGUCAGCGCAUCCGUCCACUUUAUCAAAGUACCUGCCCAGCCACCCCGCCCCCUGACAAGAUUUCAGAUCAAUUUCACAGAGUAUGACUGCAACAGAAAUGAUGUGUGUUGGCCACAGCUUCUAUAUCCAUUGACCCGGUACUAUCAAGGGGAGCCUUACUCUCAGUGUGUGGCCAAGGGCUUGCUGCUGAUCUCCUUCCUCUUGCUGGCUGUGUUCCUCAGUAGUCCCUGGGCAAGGAUGUGCAGAGCCCAGUGUCCAGCUGCCGUCUACCAUUAGGCCUUCCUCGGGGCCUUACGCCCUUACUCCGGUGGUCUGUUGUUGUCCUGUGUGCGUCUGUCAUACUUUAAUAAAUGAAAUGUCUUAUUUUCAUAGAAAAUUC